UAUUUCUUUGUGACUCACUGCCAGAUACGGUCACAGCAUUUGAAAAUCGCUUCUAGGCUAAAGAAAAGUCUAUCACUGUUCAAUGUAUACUAUAGUCGCUAUUAUCGUUAAUAUCUUUCCUCACAUUCUCACUAAUCUUUUCUUUGUUCAAGAUAUUUUGUUUUGUGCUGUAGUCAGUGUCGCGCGUUUCGCUCGUUAUCUUUGAUGUGAAUGCUUAAAAAGUUCUUUUUUAUUCGUUGUAUUAAUGUAAUUCGAAUCACAAUUUAAUACGCGAGUAUAUCAAUCCUUAAAUAUGAAUUCCGAGAAUUCUUGGUUAAGGCAACUAUUUUCUACGCGAUCUUCCGAGGAAAACAUUCAAAUUAAAACACUGAAAAGGGCUACUUCUAAUUUGACUAUCGUUCAGAGAACCAAAGAAAGAAAAGGUGAUCUAUAUACAAUAGCAGGGUUACCGAUAUGUUUGUGGCUAAAAAAUAUCGUCGAGCUGAUUUAAUAAUAAUUUGAGACUGUUUAUGGUUACAUGUGCAUGUAGCACGUAUAAAAUCAAGACCAGUAGUGGACUCGGCAUCAGACACCUGCAAAUUCUUUUACAGUUCUUUGGAAUGGUAAUUGGAUAUUGUCUUCGAGUGAGCAUGUCGGUAGCUAUUGUUGCAAUGACACAGAAUGAUCAAAGCACUGAUCAUGCAUUCGAGGUCUACGAUUGGAAAUCGACGGAGCAGUCACUGAUUCUCUCUUCUUUCUUCUGGGGCUACACGAUAAUGCAAAUACCAAGUGGCUACAUAGCUACAGUAUGGAGCGCACAAAAAUUACUCAGUGUUGGAGUACUGCUUUGCGGAAUCAUAAACAUUUUGACACCGAUCGUUGCUCAUUAUGGGAGUUACAUUGGUGUUUGUAUUUGUAGAGUAGGCAUGGGACUGUGUCAGAGUUGUCUUUUACCGUGUAUACAGACUCUGCUUUCUAAGUGGGCACCGCCAUCCGAACGAGCACGACUUGGUACGCUUGCUUACGCUGGGGCACAAUUUGGGACCGUGAUUUGUUUUCCAAUUUCUGGAGAAUUAGCAGCUUCAAGUGUUGGCUGGCCAUCUAUCUUUUAUACGUUUGGUGUUUUAACGAUAAUUUGGGCCAUUGUAUUUUUCAUUUUUGGUUCGGAUAGUCCUUCUAAGCACUCGGGGAUAUCGGAGAAAGAAAGGCGAUAUAUAGAAGAUAGCUUAAAAACUCCCGGGGAUAAAGAAAAAUCAGAUAACAAAACGGCGCUGAAAACACCAUGGAAAGCUAUAUUCACCUCAGUACCGAUGUGGGCUCUUAUAAUUGUACAUUGUGGACAAAAUUGGGGCUUUUGGACUCUUAUCACAGAACUACCAAUUUACAUGAACAAUAUCUUAAAAUUUAAGUUGGAGGAGAAUGGUUGGAUAUCAGCGCUCCCUUAUUUGACGAUGUGGAUACUAAGCUUUCCAACAUGCUGGUUAGCUGAUUAUGCUUUAAAGAAGAAUAUCUCAAGAGAAGUAAUUCGAAAAGUUUGCAAUUCGAUUGCACACUGGGGACCGGCGAUAGCUUUGAUUUGCCUUGGUACGAUAUCGGUGCACGAUGCCACCGUGGCUACAACUAUCCUUGUGAUAGCUGUAGGUUUAAAUGCUGGAUCUCUAUCCGGAUAUCAAAUUAAUCAUAUCGACAUAAGUCCAAAUUUCGCUGGCACGUUGAUGUCCAUUACAAAUUGUAUAGCAUCUAUAAUUGCAAUAAUCGCACCAAUAGUCUGCGGCAUAAUCACAAAAGACGAGAAAGAUGUGACCCAGUGGAAUAUAGUAUUCUACUUGUCCGCUGCUAUUUAUAUUCUAGGAAAUUUAAUGUUUGUUAUUUUUGGCAGUACUGAAAUUCAACCAUGGAACAAUCCUGAAACUACGAAUAUCAAAGAACAAAGCGAGAAAGAAUUAACAGUUAUAUGAAUAUGCAGAAAUAUUUGGGUUAUGUUCUGUCAACGUCGCAAGCGCCAUAUUUAGAGGAACGAUCAAUUUUAAGAUCCAAGAAUUCUUGAAAUUGUUUCCUUCAUUUUUUCAUUCAUAAAGUUUCUUUUCAAACAAUCAAUAUGUUAAAUAAUCUCUAGAGUCUAGGUGGAAUACAAAAUGUAUUUAAUCUUCCGCAAACAUUAAAUUUAUGAUUCGUGCCGAUUGCGACCAAUGAUUUACAGUAAAUAUAUUCUUCUUCAACGUGGUUGAUAAUCGACAAUGUGAUAUAUGUAUUUAUAUUAGUAAAUAUCAAAAAAGUUAUUAAACGUAAUUUUAAGUGUAAGGGAUAGAGACAAUAUCUCUUUGUACAGAAACGAUUUAGGAUGUUUAGACGACAGAACGGCUAAGAUAAUGAAAAAGAGGCUGUGCUUUACAAAACUAAGUAUAUAUAAUAUACAUGUAUAUGUAGAUGAUUAGCGUCGAUAAUAUACUGUUCGUUUCCACGUUCGUAAGAUUGCUUUUGCUAUAUUCUAGUCUUGAGUCAAAUCUUUCAUCAAACAGUUUAAUAAGACCAAUUUUUAUUUAGGUCUGAGAUUAAAAAAAGAAUUUAACUUGUAACAUAUCAAAAUUUAGAAUAUCUUGAAUGAAAGAGGUAACGUGAAGCCUUUAAUAAAAUAUUAGGUUAUCUCAUAAAUAUAGGUAUCCUUCUUUAUGACAUGUUAAAUAAACAUCAAUAUCACUAUGUUAAACAAACAUCAAUAUCUUACAUUUAUUCUUUGAAAGAGAGUCGUUCUCUUGAUCUAAAUAAAAUAUCUAACAUGUAUAGAAUGAUAUUUUUUUAUUUAAGGGGACUCGUAACCAAAAAAUGUAAAAAAAUCUUUUUUUAUUACAGAAUCCAAACGUACGUAUAGAUAUUUCUGCAGGUUGUGUUAAAAUAUAGUGCAAUUUUGUACACUAAAGGUAAGAUUAAAGAGAAAGUGAGAAAAAAAUCUAUAUUCUUUUAAUGAAUUUCUGCUCCAUAAGCAGGAUCAUCUUUCUCCUGUUCUUGGAAUGUAUAUUCCAAUUUUCUUUUUUUUGCAUGCUGAUAAAUUUUUCUUAUUUUUCUUCCUGCGUUUCUUAUCCUAGUUCCAUCUAAUUACUGCAUAAUUUUUGUACAUUUUGCUGGUUCUAGGCAAAGUUUAGCUUAUCAGAAAAACAUUUUUCUCUUAAUCAUAUCUUUAGUACUGAUUCUUACGAGGGUAAUGAACGUAUUGAAUGAAGGAAUUUGGAAAAUAACGUCUAUAUUCGGAGAACAAAAAUGAUAAUUUAUCAGUUUUUAAACGAUAUACUAAAAAUCAUGUAACUUUUUUGCUGAAAGGUAUAUAAAGUACCGAGUAUCCGAUUCAUUUAGAAUUAUUAGCAAUUAAAUUUAUUAAUGUAUUAAAAAUAACAGGGUACGUGAUUCAAAUUUCAUUGGUAUUACUACAUUAAUUUCGAAGAAAAUAUUUCAUAAAACUGUACAGUUUUCUAUAUGAAUAGAGUUCGAUCGCGAGCCCCCUUAAUUAAAACUACAUGAUACAUGAAUUCAAAUAAAGAAAUGCAAUAAAUAUCGAAAAUAUUUAUAAUGUCAGUAGCACUUUUUCAAGUUUCAAAUGAUAUUAGAAAGAAAUUUGAAUUUUAGCAAUAAUACUACUUCGUUACUUAGAAUCAAUUGGUAGUAUGAUAUUUUUUUUUUAGUAAAUUAUGUAUGAAAUUAUCUAACGUUGUAUAUUGUGUACAAUAUAAAAGAAGUUGUAGCUAUGUGAUUUUUAGAAAUUAUUGUACUUUAAUAAUUCUGAUCUAAUUAGAUAAUAAUGUAUCUAAAAUGAAAAUGAAAAUGAAAAUAAAAAGAUAUAGGUAAAACUGUUCAAACAACACAAUUUAUUUAUACAAUAAUGCGCGCACGUGUGUACAAACACAAAUUUUACAUAUUUUUGUUAAAAAUAAAAUAAUUAUUAGAUACAAACUAAUGUAACGAUUUACACGAUAUCUACUAAACUAUCCUUUGUUACUAUAUAUAUUUAUUUUUACGUACAAUGUAACCUAGAAUCUAAUUUUAUAUGCAUACCAUUAUAGCUGCUGUUUCUUAAGUACAUUCUAGUAUCCGAGAUUAAUUUAUUUUGCAAUUAUAAUUUAUUCUUAAAACAAUUUUUUAAUCAUUUUUUAAAUUCCUGAGGUAAAGCACCUUUUUUAUCGAACUUUCUUUUCAUAUAAUAUUUAGAAGAUUUAAAUCGAUGUAUUUACUAAAAGCAAAAAGAUAUUUAUAAGUUAAACAAAAUGAAGUCUUACUUGUUCUAACAGAAUCUCAUCUUGAUUUAUUACUAAUAUUCGCUUAUAAAUAAGUCGUUCAAUUAGUUUACUAUUUAAAAAUGCUUAGAACGAUGGGUCGUUGCACUUUCAUGAAAAACAAUCAUUCGUGAGAUAUGGAUAUAAUUAUAGGAGUAAAGAUAAAACUUUAACGAGCUAACAAUUGAGAAGUUUCUCCCUGGCUGGUGAAAUAUGACGAACAGUUGAGAGAUUUUCCAAUUGGAUAAUUAAAUGUAUUACGUUAAAUUUAAACAAUCAAUGUAUAAGUAUAUCGAAUGAAACGAAAUCUGUUGGUAAUUAUAAUGUAAUUAUAAUCGAAAUACAAAUUAUUUGUCUAUUA